UUCUUGUUACUCUUUUACAUUCUCUCCUUCUCAAAGCUUCACUCUCAAACAAUCUGUCUCCCUCUUAUGUCACUGUUAAGCCUUUGAUAUUUAUCUCUCUCGAUCAAAAAUCUAGAUUAAUCAUGAUGAUGAGGGUGAAGUAGAGUGCAUGGUUACUUUUUGGUAAUUGAAUGGGUUAAAGUAGUGUUCUGCUGCAAUUUUUAUGACAUAUAUUGAUCACAAGAUAUUUCCUUAAUGGGAGGAGCUUGUUCUAGGAAGAGAGGCCAAUUGGAUCAUGAAGAUAGGUUAAAUAGAGGGGUUUGUGGAAGAUAUCAUAAAAGUGGAAGUUCCAAGUGGUUGAUGACCUCAUUUUUUAGGCCUCCGCUGGAAAUCCAACGAGGACAAGGGAAAUGCCCGUCCCUUAUGGAGUUGUGUGCUCAUAAAAUUCGUGAGGACAUAGAUAGAUAUAAUACCUUUUCAAUGCUCCCAAGGGAUAUCAGUCAGCAAAUCUUCAAUGAACUGGUAAAUUCCCAACGUCUAACUGAUAUUUCUCUAGAAGCUUUUCGAGACUGUGCUCUCCAGGACCUUUACCUGGGAGAGUACCCUGGUGUAAAUGACAAGUGGAUGGAUGUCAUUGCUUCUCAGGGCUCAUCUUUACUUUGUGUGGAUCUUUCUGGUUCUGAUGUCUCUAAUUCUGGGUUGAUUAAUCUCAAAGAUUGCACAAACCUGCAAUCCUUAAAUUUUAAUGACUGUAACCAGAUUUCAGAUUGUGGGCUUGGGCACAUCUCUGAUCUCUCAAACCUUACAAGUUUGAGUUUUAGAAGAAACAAUGCAAUUACUGCUCAAGGGAUGAGUGCCUUUGCUGGGUUGAUUAACUUAUCGAAGUUGGAUCUGGAAAGAUGUAUUGGAAUUCAUGGCGGUCUUGGUCAUCUUAAAGGUCUGACAAAGCUGGAGUCUCUUAAUAUUAAAUGGUGUAAUUGCAUCACGGAUUCUGAUAUGAAGCCUCUCUCAGGGCUUAGAAACUUGAAAAGUCUACAAAUUUCCUGCAGCAAGGUUACUGAUGUCGGCAUUACUUACUUGAAAGGUCUGCAAAAGCUUUCUCUAUUGAAUUUGGAAGGCUGCCCAGUGACGGCUGCAUGCUUAGACUCUCUUUCAGCUCUUGGGGACCUGCUGUAUUUGAAUCUUAAUAGAUGUCAUCUGUCUGAUGAUGGAUGUGAGAAAUUUUCCAGGCUUGGGAGUUUGAAAGUAUUAAACUUGGGAUUCAAUGACAUAACAGAUGCAUGUUUGGUGCACUUGAAAGGAUUGACAAAAUUGGAGAGCUUGAACUUGGAUUCCUGUGGAAUUGGUGAUGACGGACUAGUUAAUUUGACAGGCCUUUAUCAUUUAAAAUGUUUGGAGUUGUCUGACACGCAAGUUGGAAGCAGUGGUCUCCGCCAUCUCUCUGGUUUGGCUAGUCUGGAGAGUAUAAAUCUUUCAUUCACUGUAGUUACAGAUGGUGGAUUAAGAAGAUUGUCUGGAUUGUCAUCUCUUAAAUCACUUAAUCUUGAUAAUCGGCAAAUUACAGAUACUGGGCUUGCAGCUCUUACAAGUUUGACUGCAUUGACUCAUCUGGAUCUUUUUGGAGCUCGUAUUACUGAUUCUGGAACAACAUAUUUGCGAAACUUCAAGAACUUGCGCUCCUUGGAAAUAUGUGGUGGAGGAUUGACUGAUGCUGGUGUAAAGCAUAUCAAAGAUCUUACAUCGUUGUCUUUGCUAAAUUUGUCACAGAACAGCAACUUGACAGAUAAAACCUUGGAGUUGAUUUCUGGUUUGACAGGGCUGGUGUCUUUAAAUGUUUCAAAUUCUCGAAUAACCAGUGCGGGGUUAAGGCAUCUGAAGCCACUGAAGAAUUUAAGAUCACUGACCUUGGAGUCGUGCAAGGUGGCUGCAAAUGACAUUAAGAAGCUUCAACUAAGCGAUCUCCCGGAUCUCAUAAGCUUUCGCCCCGAGUUAUCCCCCAGUUAUUGAGGAGAUUCAAUGAAAAUGUUGUGUAAAUAUUGCAAAUGUUGGCAUGGAAGAGCAGCUAUUUUAAGAAUUGUAAAUGUAUAGUAAUAAUUAUAUAUGCUUGUAAAUAUAAAUGACAUUCUGUAUGCUUGAUAUGUAUAGUAGAUAUAUAGUAGUUUGUCCGCUGUUGGAUUCUGGUUUUUCUGGUUUUGGUGACUUUAAUAUUACUUUUUCAAUUAUAAACCUUAAUUCUGUUUUCAAAGAAUGAAGACAGAAUUUAUGUAAUUGAAAGAGUUUGUUUAAGAUUAUGUAACUACAAUGGAGAUUGAAUUUAAGCUUUGCAA